UGACCCUGUAUUCUGUACUGCGCAUUUCAGACAUUGAAUUAGUCAGUUGUUUAUAACUACGUUUUGGAGCUAAUCUCCGGCCUGACGACUCCUUGUAUUUACAAUACUUAUAUCUGAAUUACCCACUAAGAAGUCAAGUUUACACAGAAAAGACUUCUCCAACCAAGCCUGUCAUGGAGUCUCAAAACUGGCUUGAACGUCUGCUAUGCUAUGACGAAUGGAAGAUCCCAUUGUUACAAGCAAUAAGGGAGACAGAGCUAACAUUAGCUGCAGAAUAUGCAAAAGGAGUAGAUAUCUAUCCACCAAAGGGUCUCAUAUUCAAUGCAUUCAAUCUAACUCCCCUUUCACAGGUGAAGGUUGUCGUUGUGGGACAGGAUCCUUAUGAUGACCCUGGCCAGGCAAUGGGUUUGUCAUUCUCAAUUCCCGUUGGGGUGCCAAUUACUCCAUCCCUGUAUAAAAUAUCCAGUGAACUUGACCGGGACCCCGGCAUCACAGGAUAUCAGCGCCCCAAUCAUGGGUGUCUGGAGCCUUUGGCCAGACAGGGAGUUCUCAUGAUCAAUGCUGCUCUCACUGUGGAAUCUAUUGAAAAAGACAUCUGACAGCUGAUGGAAAGAAACCUGUAUUGUGACCUUUUCGAGAGGCUAAGAGAAUGUUCCCCUGGAGGGGAUCGAACCAAUGACCUCUAGAGUGAGAGGCGGACACCUAUAUCACUAGACCACUCAAUGUGCUCGAAUUUAUAAUCCAUACAAUUUACAGCAGUCCUCAUAAUCUAGCUUAUAGCUGUGCUCUCACAGAUUGAUUGUUCUGGUAAAUUCUUUAUGUUUUUGU